AAGGUCGAUGACGGCAUCAUUGAGGUGGUGGCUGUGAGCUCUCUAUUCCAUCUUGGCAAGGUCCAAGUUGGGCUUUCCUCACCUUAUGCUGUUUGCCAAGGAAAGGAGAUAACAUUGUCACUGUCGACUGGGGCCCGCUUACCGGCUCAGUUGGAUGGCGAGCCGUACUCUUUGCUCGGCCCUUGUGAGCUUACUGUCUCUCGUAAGGAUGAUGCAUUGAUGGUUGAACGAUGA